GUGACCACCGCGGCCAACCACGGCGACAGAUGAAAGCGUGACGUGAUCCGUAGCCGCGCGUCGUACUAGUCGCACACGUCGCGGAGGAAGCGGAUGGAUAUGUCGCCGCGCGAGGAGACAGCCGUCGUGGGCAGCGCGAGUCUGUAAGAGCGCCGCGAUAUCGCCGAGGUCGUCGGCACGCUGGUAACCCGGCCGCAUCGUCGUCCCCGCGCGCCUCCACGCCGCAAGGGAAGGAUGGAGGCGGACUACCAGCCGACGCUGAGUCCGUCGCGGACGUUGACAGGGAUGGGCAACGACUGCGAGGAUCCAUACCCUAGCCUGUCGGAUUAUCACGAUUACGAACCGAAUCUGGAAUUUGACGAUACAGAAUUGCAAACCACUUCGAACAAUGCGACGCGGCUUCUGGAAGAGAAAUUGGAUCUGGUGAGCAGCAGCAUGGGCACUGGGAUGGAUUAUUUGGAAAGCCCGGUGAGCGACGGCACGAUCGAGGAGAACUUUGAGGAAGCUUUGGUAGACGCUCCAGUUAUCGAAUCUGCGGACGAUCUGGCUGCUUUAGACGGUGAGCUCGCUGACGAGGAGGACUAUCUUGAUAUAUCCAGGCACGGUAUCGUAGAGGUGGUCGGUGACGAUAGUGCCGGUCGUAAGAUAAUUGUCGUGUCAGCGUGCAAAUUGCCUCCCAUUGGAAAAGAGACUUUUAAUCACGCCAAGCUUCUCAGGUAUCUUACGCAUACUUUGGACAUGUUCGUGGAGCAAGAUUAUAGUCUCGUCUACUUUCAUUAUGGCCUUACGUCGAAAAAUAAGCCACCCUUGUCGUGGUUGUGGCAAGCGUAUAAAGCCUUCGAUAGAAAAUACAAGAAGAAUCUCAAAGCCCUUUAUCUAGUGCACCCGACUAAUUUCAUUAGGAUUGUGUGGCAAAUAUUUAAACCGGCCAUCAGUGUAAAGUUCGGACGGAAAAUGAUGUAUGUUAAUUACUUGGAAGAAUUGGCGCAAUACAUAAACCUGGAUCAACUGAUUAUUCCACCUCAAGUGAUAGAACACAAUGAGCAACUGCUGAUGAAAAAUAAGAAAAAUCUGCCGGCGAGUCCACCGCAAAGCGCGGUAGUCACGCCAGUUGGCACGACUCAGUUCGGUGCUAGUCUGCAGUUCAUAAAGGAAAAUAAUAACGGUGAUCCAAUACCACCGAUUCUAAGGCAGUGCGUAGAAUUUCUCGAUACGCCCGACGCUCUAGAAACGGAAGGGAUAUUCCGAAGAUCGGCUAACGUGGCAGUAAUCAAAGAACUUCAGAAUCGUUGCAACCAAGGUUUGCCCAUCGAUUUCCAAGGAGAUCCGCAUAUCGCCGCGGUUUUACUUAAAACCUUUCUCCGUGAACUAGACGAACCUCUUAUGACCUACGAACUGUACGAUGAAAUCACGCAAUUCCAAACAUUAUCAAAAGAUGAACGUCCGCGUAAAGUUAAGAUAUUAAUAUUGGAGAAACUACCCGAAGACAACUACCAAGUUCUUAGAUACGUCGUACAAUUUUUAUCGAGGGUAAUGGAUCGAUGCGACCUGAACAAGAUGACUUCUAGUAAUCUCGCGGUUGUAUUUGGACCGAAUCUAGUUAGAGCACCGCCAGCACGUGGAAUGUCCCUUUCCGCAAUAGGACCUAUCAAUCAAUUCAUAGACUUUUUAUUCACUUAUCAAGAUAAGAUAUUUAUUAUUUAAAAGCGACAGCACCGAAGGCCUAAUUGUAACAUUCAAUUGUCACACGUCCGCAUUUUCAUUUACCGAAAUAUUUUUAUAUUCUACGUGAUAGAGAAGGAUAGAAGGAAACACUCAAUUGUUUAUUUACAUGCGAUUUUGCACAAGAUUUUUUAAUAUGAAUAGGUGUAAUAAUUUCCGGACGAAAGACUAAAGCGUUCGAAUCAAUGCCGGCUGUGCGACGUUGGAAACGCUAGCUGCAAGAGACAUGUCCGUAUAUUUAGAGAGAAAUUACGACCAAAUACCAAAGAUACAUGAGAACGUCACACAGUGAGUAUAUGUAAGAUUGUGUAGAGAUAAUGUUUAUCUAUUUAAUAACGCUUAGAAAAUAAUAUAUUCGAUGGUGAGAAAGAAGAUAUCGAGCGGGAUGCCUCCGUUGUCGCGAAAUUACAGGCCGCAAUUUGCGCCGGUUUCUGAACUAAGUUAAUCUCUAAUCAUUCAACAAGCGUUCUACUAUUUAAUAAACUUUUAAACAACGAAUUAAUUUCUUUUAGCAAGUUACAUGAAUUAUUUCAUGUAUAAUUUUUAAGAUUUUAGUUAUUUUUAUUUUGUUAUUUCCCUUUGUCAGUUAAAAUAUUUAAAUCGACGAUUGUUAUUAGAUUAUAAUUUUUGUUUUGUUGGCCCCACACGGAUAUCCAGCAAUCAUCUUUUGUUAUUUAUUUUCAUUUGUAAAGUUUAAAUUGUCAAAAUUGUUCGAUUGCGUUGUGCAACGUUCAACGUGUUAACUGAAGUAAACCGAAGUUUUUCAUAGAAAGUUUUGGUAUAUACUCUAAAUCCAAAAUAGGAAAACCGUAAGUGACAAAUCUUUUUAAUAUUCGGCAUCCUUUGCAUCUCUUGCAGGGUUUGUAUAUACUGGAAAAAUUGAUAAUUCAAUAAUGAUUGUGGUCUAACGAAUUGUAGUAUAUGUGAUACUGUAUUUAAGUAAACGUGAAAAGAGACAAGAGACAUGUAACAAGGAAGAUUUAUAUAUAUAUAAUGUAGAGAAAUACUAUGUUAACUUUAAAUAAUAUAAAUAAGCAUUCAUUUUAUAUUUCAGUAACAAAACACUGGUUGAAACAAAAGUUAAAUUGUAUUUUCUACUUCAAAUGGAUUCGUCUUAUAGCUUUCGUGACAUUCUCUAUCUCUCUCUCUCUCUCUCUUUCUCUCCGUUCUGUACAAUUGUGUUCUCAUAAGAUUAAUAUAUUUAAAAAAUUAUGCAUUAGCACAGUAAGUAAUUAGUGCGGUAUUAAUAUAUUCCAUGCACUCCACAUAUAAAAUCUAGUGACUUCACGAUAUUUGCUUUUGUUUAUGAUCUCAAAAAAAAAACGAAUUCGUCAGAUUGUUAGUUCCGCUUGAUAUCAACAAGAACCAAAAGAAAUGAGAAAGAGAGUGAAAAAGAAGUUCUUGACAUGUGUUGAGUGUCAAGUGCUGUAUAGUCCAAUGACUUUGUGAGUUUGUCCGUCGUCUAAGCAUAAGAAUAAGAGACUUAGCAAUUUUUUCGUGGAGCGCAACCCGCAGAUUUGUAUAUCCCCUUAAAUUGUCCUGCCAUUAUAGGUAACUGGGAUAAAGUAUAGGCUUGGCAGCCUUAAACCCGCUCUCUAUCAUCAAAAGGAAAAAAAAAGACUAACCCAGACCUGUAUAGAACUGAUGCGACUCGAUUACAUUCCUCGUUGUCAAUAGAACGUGUAAUAAAGCGUGUUAAUUUAUA